UAUUUGUGUAAGAAUGCCAUUAAUGGUCAAAGAUUAUUCAUGGACUCAAACGGAGUCGAAAGUUUACAUCAGUGUUCCUUUAAAGGGAAUGAAUGCUAAACAUGUUGACAUUUUUGCCACGGAUGAAUAUUUAAAGGUACACUUUCCUCCCUUUUUAUUUGAGGCUUUCCUAUUUGCACCUGUGGACGAUGAUAAAUGUAUUGCAAAGAUUGGAAACGGAGUGGCUGUUUUUACAUUACACAAAAAGAAAGAAGAACUCUGGAAUCAAUUUACCAUCAACAAUGAUGACAGAGAGAAACAGAAAGAGAUCAGGCAAAACGCAAUUCUCAAAGCCCAGGAAAAAGCAGCCGCUGACUCAAAAGCCAAAGCAGCACAGAAGCAGGAGGAGAGCAAAUUUGCUCUGCAGACUAUGAUGAAGCUUGAGGAAGAGGAGAGAGCAACAAUUCAGAAAAUAAAGAAUGAUGAGUGUAAGAAGGCUGUAAAUGAGUUAGAAAACUGGAAACUGGAGCACAAAUCAAAGGAAGAGAAGGCUAUCCAGCCACAACAACAAAGUAUCCAAUCAGUGAGAAACACUGAAAUAAGCAAAGUUGAAAAGUUAUCUGUCCCCUUGUCCUCAGGAAGAGUUGGUGUUAUACCUCAGCAAGGUAAGAAAAACGUCACCAAGACUGAAAAAGUUAAUUUGCCGGGUCCAAGGUCUUGUGGCAAUAUUAAAGUAAAUUUCACACCAAGAGUCUUUCCCACUGCACUGCGAGAAUCCAGAGUUCCUGAAGAGGAGGAGUGGCUCAAAAAGCAAGCUGAAGCCAGGCGUGCAGUUGCUGCAGAUUUGGCUGAGCUUGAUGACCUCAAGCCAGAGGAGAGGAAUCCUGAUUGGUUGAAAGAUAAAGGGGAUAAAUUCUUUGUUGCUGGGAAUUACCAGGCCGCCCUCAAUGCGUACAACCUUGCUUUGAAGCUCAACAGAAAACUUCCCUCAUUGUAUUCUAACCGUGCCGCAUGUCAUCUCAAGCUAAGGAAUCUUCACAAAGCGAUUGAAGACUCCUCUCAAGCACUGGAAUUACUAACACCACCAGUUGCUGACAAUGCAGUUGCCAGGUUGAAGGCUCAUGUACGAAGAGGCACUGCAUUUUGUCAGCUUGAGCUAUAUGUUGAAGGUCUGCAGGACUAUCAUGCUGCUCUGAAAAUUGACCCUGACAACCAAAAACUACAAGAAGACACGCAAAAAAUUAGAGACAUCAUUCAAGGGGCCUCAGGCUGACCCCUACUUGAAUGGAGCAAUGGGUGACAGUGUUUGAUGUAAAAUGUAUCAAGUAAAUGCCUGUUGAUGAAUGUUUUCUAUGAAAAAAGGACAUGAUGUACAUGUAUAAAUACAACUAAAUGUUGUAUAUAAAAGAGUUUUUAUAGCAUGAGGUGACACUGGCAACAUCCUUUCCUUCAGUAUGCUGUAAUCACAUCAUGAUGUGACAAGUGUCAGAUGAAUAUGUAAUAAAU